GCGUCCAGAGAGUAAACUGGGAACUUGCUGUAAACCGUGCAUCACGUUGCUUUCUGGGCUUUAUUUCAGGCGAAUGCAUGAACGCCGUAUCACACCGGCGUUACAUUUGGUAAAAUGGGCCGCCCUGUCUCGGUUCGUGUGGUUGAGCCACACUUUCAUGCAUUGGACCACAUCUAUCGCGCCAUAGGAUCCAAAAAGCUGAACUUCGAUGGCCUUUUAAUGAUUCAUUUCGAUGCCCAUCCGGACCUUGUAAUUCCUCCUCAGCUCGAACCGUUGAAGAUACAGGACCGUGAACAUGUGAUGUCAUCUAUUGACAUCGAAAGCUGGAUCAUGCCUGCUGCUUUGGCAGGUCACUUUGAUCGCCUGCUCUGGGUUCGGUCACCCUGGUCUGAUCAGUUGCCCGACGGAGACCACAACUUUCUAAUUGGCGAAAAGGAUGGACGUGCCAAGGUUUCCAGUGCACUGCCAUACUUCCUUAGCGAAUGUGCUUGGUCACCGAGUGAAGAGUUGUCCGGUGCACAUGGUGUGACUCUGAGGGUGCGGCCGCUGGACUGGUUGCUUGCACAGCGAGCCCCAGAUGAGGCCUGGCGGCCAAGCUCGCGACAGCUGGUGCUCGACAUUGAUUUGGACUUUUACAGCACACAGGACCCAUUCUCACUCAUGUUCACUGCCGGCCAGAUGGCCAGGCUAAGAAAACUUUACCAUUGGGACUGGCCCAAAGACGUGCGGGACACACAGAAGAUCAAGGAAUCUCAAGAGGGUCGUGCUAGGCAACUUGAACACCUGAAGACCUGCCUUGACUAUCAGUUGCGUGACAUCGAGAACUUGGAGGAGCCACUUGAUAAAAAUGGCCUCGAAGAGCCUGUGUGCCCUGCUGAGCUGGUGGCCUUGUGCUGUGACCUGAGGGAACGACCUCCGAUUGGUGAAACUCUGGAUGCGGAUUUGGUGCAUGCGGCUGGUUGCACAUGCGACUUAGAUUCUACGUUACCCCACCACCAAAGCUCGAAGCAGGAAGUCUUGGAUCUAAUUGCCAACACAGCUCGUUUCCUCCAGAGUUUGUGUGCAGUGCCAGCAGUGAUAACAAUAGCUCGUUCUAGCAUUGACGCUUACUGUCCACCGGAAGAAGUAGACUUCAUUCAGUGUUCGGUGAUCGAGAUGCUUAAAAGUGUGUAUGGUGAAUUGGACGUUCAGCUCGAUUAUGACGGUGCUGGUGACACAUAAUCUUUAUGCAUAGUCGAUGCUAAAAUAUGUUAGUGUGUGAAGCUGUUCAUAGUCAGCGAAUUUGAAUCGUGCUCAUGUGGCCUGUUCAGAUUAUUGUGUAUAUGCCAUUGCUCUAAGGAACCUGCAGUGUGGUUGUGUACAUCAUUUUUAAGGUUGCAUUACAGGAAAUUAUAAAGAUUUGCAAACAAAGUGAGCAAUAUUUUUUUUCUUUGUGUACACAGGCCCACAAUUUACUAAACUUCGUAAUUUGAUUCCAAAUUAUGUGACUGAUGUUUAUGCUCUCAGACAACCCAUUUUUCAGUGUCACAGUAACGACAUGCUCAGAAAUUCAUGUUUUCAGUUUUUGUGGUUAAUCCAGUAAACAUUCUCACAGGUUUUCAUUGAUGUAUUUUGAGCAAGGGCUUAUUGCUUUAUCAGCAUGUAAGGAACAGGAAAUGUGCCUAACAGAUGGAGUACAAGAAAGGUACGAAAGCGCUGUUAUGUAGGGGGUAUGAAUAGUGAAAUGUCUUUAAUUGAAUUGAGUAUGAAUAGUUAAAAAGAAAGGCUUUGAAUACCAAACAUACUACAAAAUGCUAUCAUAUUUCUGAAGCAACAUCAAAUAUAAAGUUUGCACGUAAUCCAUUUGAUGUAAUAAGAAAUCAGGCUUAUAUACAUUGACAUUUGUGUGUAUAGUGCUGUUCAUAAUUAGGCAUCUGAAUAAGUGAGGAUCUUGUAAAUGAUCAAUGACAGCUUUGAAUUAUUUGGGGCAGCAUAGCAGUGACAUUUCUGAAGCAUGUUACCAGAUGUAUGUACAUUGUUGUGUCUGCUGAAAAAGAGAAGUGUGAUGUUAUACAUGACUACACAUUUCAAGAAAUGUAAACAUGAGGAGACUGGUCAAAUAAUAAGUAGCUACAAAUUUGCGUACAAGCUAUAGUUACCUAAAAGCAAGCCAUUCUCAUCGAAUGAAUGUAAAUUAUUGAGUGGGUGUUGUGUGCGUCAUAAAUUCAUUACAGAACUGUUGCCUUUGCUCAGCAAUUGCAACUACCCUACCCUGUUGAAGAAUGAUUCAGAACAGCCCUAACAUUCAUAGUUUUGUUUCCUUUCACACUCCGAUAAAUGUUUUUAUGCCUUAAAUUGUUUGAAAGAAAUUAAUAUUUUACAACUUCGAAUAUUGGUUUGUCAUGUUUAUUGCAAGCGCUAGUCAGUUUAUAUUCAAUAUUUUGAAUAUUUGCUCAACUGGGUCUUCUGUUAAUCUCCUGUUAAUCUAUUGUUCUCCUUUCCGAAGUGUACAAAAGCCAUUGCAGGCAGUGGCCAUGCUGAUGCAAUUGAUGCAAUUGCUGAUGGGCAAUUCGCUGACUUUGGUAGGUUUGUGCACCUCACCUUUAUUACGUUUUUCUGUGCGCUGAUUUUCUUCAAAUAUGAAUUUAUUACAGAUAUUAAAAUGGGCACCUUUGUUUAGCAGUCUUCUACGAGCAGAUGUAUCGUAAUUUUUUCUCGUGUGAAGUUUUUUUUUUCAACAGCGCUUUUAACAGCGAAGCUGUUUAGCAAAUGUUGAGAGUCGAUCGCUGAAAACUAUCAUCAUCUUAACGGGUAUGUGCCACUGUGCGGCUACCUGAGAACGAGUACAGAGACAGAGAGAGAAAGGAAGGAAGAAACAGAGAGAUGGAAAGAAAGAUAUGAAGAAAGAGAAAAAUUCUUUCGGAAAAAAAAUUAUUCACGAGGCGGGAUUCGAACCUGCGUACCCUCAAUCCGAAGGCGGGCAUCCUAACCACUCGGCUAUCCAGGAACACUAGCAAAACAUAGCGUAGUCAUGUAUAGCAUAGUGUAGCAAGGGGGUGGGAAAGGGGAGUAAGCGUGAAGAGGAGACGUGAUGGUGAGGUGGAGGGAAAGGAGGAGGAGAGAGAGUAAAGCAUAGC